AUGGCUGGAGUGGUUGAAAUUGAUCCUCUCGCAGUUCCUGUGAAAAUCCGAAAAAAUGAGAAUGGCACUGGUCACAGUCUAACAGGAAAUAAGCUUGCUAUCGACCUUGCAUUCGGAUUUGGGGAUGCGCAUAGACCCGUUUCAGCAACGGAUGAUUGCAAGUCUAAAGUCCCAAGGAUGCCUAGUACACUUGAUGAUUUUGAAGUCAUUUCAACAAUAGGCUCAGGGUCAUAUGGAACGUGUCGCAAGAUUCGACGCAAGAAAGAUGGAAAGGUGUUGGCGUGGAAAGAGAUGGACUAUGGGUCGAUGACAGAGUCGGAGAAGCAAAUGUUAGUGUCAGAGGUGAACCUACUGCGUGAGCUGCGACAUCCCAACAUUGUGCGGUAUUAUGACCGCAUCAUUGAUCGUAGCAACACCACCAUCUACAUAAUAAUGGAGUUCUGCGACCGUGGCGACCUCGCGUCCCUCAUCACUAGAUGCCGCCGUGACGAAGUGUACAUGCAGGAGGACUUUGUGUGGAAGAUUUUAGUACAAAUCACCAUGGCAUUACAAGAAUGUCAUAGACGCAAGAAUGGCAAGGCUGUGUUACAUCGUGAUCUCAAACCGGCUAACAUUUUCCUUGACUCUGAUGAAAAUGUCAAACUGGGUGACUUUGGUCUGGCCAGAGUACUACACCAUGAAACAAGCUUUGCUAAGACCUAUGUAGGAACGCCCUAUUAUAUGUCACCUGAGUUGGUAAACAACAUGUCAUACAAUGAGAAGUCGGAUAUAUGGUCCAUGGGCUGUAUCCUGUAUGAACUCUGUGCCCUCCGUCCUCCAUUCACAGCAUCAAAUCAACAUGAACUUAACAAAAAAAUCAGAGUUGGUGACUUUGUGCGGAUACCACACAAAUAUUCUGAUGGGCUUAACAGCGUCAUAGCCAAAAUAAUCAGAGUAGAGGUUCACAAAAGGCCAACUAUUGAGGAAGUACUUAAUGAUCCAUUGGUGAUGAGAAAACAGAUAUGUUUGGGUCUUGAGAAACGUGAUGAGGGUCGUCGUGACUCCCGGCCAAGGUUGUCAAGCCCAGAGUCACGGUCACAAAAGGAGUGGGAGGAGGAGCUGCGUAGCAGAGAACGGAAACUAGACUUUAGGGAGAAGGAAUUGGAUGAGAGGGAAAAACAAUUUUCCUUGAAAGAAAAGCUUCUAGAAGAAAAAAUGAAAAGGGCAGAGAUGCUGAUCAGAGACUUUGGUCGAAAGGGCAGUAUAGACAGAGAUGUACUUCCAGCAGGGGAUGCAGACUUUUCGCUGGAGAGUAGGUCCUCUUGUCUGUCGAAGGGGAAAAAGGAUCCUGAUACGCCAAAGAAAAAAGUCACAUUUGACAUGUAUGGAAAGGAGAAUUGUAGAAAUAAACACACUGUGCCAUCAUCUGAUACAUACUUCUCCACUUUUACUGACUUAGAAGGAGAUUACAAUGACUUGUAUUUGAAUGAGCUUGCAAAACGGAGGGAACUGAAGGAAAAACUUUUCAAGGCUAAAGCCAGAGCAAUGGAAAUACGAGGAAUUGAAGAUGACAUACGUCCACGGACUAAAAACUCCAAUCUCUUGUUCUUUAGAUAA